GUACCGGUACGGUACAAGGUACCGUAUGGUAGCCGGUUUUAGCAAUUUAGGGCUAGAGUUGGUAGAGCACAGAAAUCAACGGCUGUGGCUGGAGACACGCAAUGGGGAGGUCGAGAGCUGCAGCACAAGCUUUGCAUGGAUCGACGUCUCUCAUAUCCUCAAUUGUCCACAGCAAAACUACUACAGCUAGCUAGCUAGUAGUAAGUAGUAAGUACUGGGCGACACAUACUUAGUUUUGAUCAGACAGGGUUGCAAUACAGUUGCUCAGAACAAAGUAAGAUGGACGAUGGUUUUUCGGAAGAAGUCAAGGAGUGGCGUAGAUCCAGCACCCCCUUUGACACUGCCUCCUUUCAUACGUUGAUGUGGGAUUCAAGCCUGACGACGGAUAAUGACAAGAAUCGCUGGAUUGGCCAGGGGAUUGAUUUUUGCAGCAGUGACGAUGCCGCAAGUGAUACUGGUACCAGUACUGCUACACCAGUCGAAGAAGGCACCACGAUGAUGUCUCUAUUGACCAAGGACUUUCGGCCGUGGGGUCUGUCUCAGUCUCACGGUGGACCAUGUGGGGUGCUUGCGGCAGCACAGGCCGAACUGAUGGGUCUUCUCUUAUUUGGUCUACGCAAGCCAUUGGAUUACCCAGUACUCGAACCGGGAGCUGCUCCCAGUCUAGCCGAUCCUUCUCUGUCUACGGAAUUAUUGAAACAGGCUCUGGCCAAAGCCAUUGCCAUUAUUCUAGCCCGAGCUGCCGUCAUGCCAUCCGCUUCGGCAGAAUCUGGAGCCCCCCCCAAUCGAAAAACAGUUGGGGUGGUGCUGUCACAAACUCCACCCGAUGCCAACGGGGUCACUUGGGAGACUCUAGACAGGGCCACUACAUACACUAUCGCCCCCAAAGAUGGUUCAGCAGGAGCAGAAAACAAACGACAGAAAACACAUUCCUCCAGAGAAGAAACGAUAAUCCGCUUGGCGAGGGCUACUGCCGCUUUCUUGUUGGAUGAAGAGGGAUUCUCGCCAUUGGAAUCCUUCCGAAAACCCGGUGGCGUCAUGCUCCUCGUCAUGUCCUUGGUUGCAUCCAGAGGAAAUGAUGUCAUUCAGAACGAUAUGGACGACUUGACUGCCAAACUCACCGCACAGUUCGGCCACUGUGGUCAGGAGCUCAUCAAUUUGCUAUUGACAGGACAGGCCGUCUCCAAUGUAUUUGAUAAUACCAUUACUCCUUCGGGUGACCUCACUUGUCGAGGAAUUCAGUCUCGUCCCAGAAUAGGCUACCUGUCGCAACUGGAAUCACUACGAUAUUGCGAAGUGGGCGGAUAUUACAAAUCUCCUAAAUUCCCCAUUUGGGUCAUUGGAUCUACCAGCCAUUUCUCCAUCCUCUUUGGAGACGCGGUCAGUCUCAAAGAGAGUGAAAGUGAUCAGCUCUUGGAAAAAUGUCGACGAGCCUUCAAGGCCGUCGAAGGUGGCGCCGAAAAUGGAUUCAUUGCCACGCAGCACCUUGGCACAGUCCUCACAUCGUUGGACCUCAAGCUCGAGGAAAACCAAGUUUCGGCGCUGGCGGCAUCGUUGGAAGUAAGUGGAUCGGGUAUCAUACUGUGGGAGGAUUGCUGGACCGCGCUGUCGAGAUUGAUGAAGGGUGCCACUAUUGAGCAUGUCCUGAACGGGCCCGAAAAUGGAAAUGGGUCGUCCGACUUUCCCAUCAUUUUAGACGGUGGUCCCGAUAGCAAAAUGGGACCAGCCGCCAAAAAUUCGUCCGUCAUGGAAAGUGACGAAGAAAUGGCCAGGCGGUUAGCUGCGGAAUGGGGCUCUUCGGAGAGUAAGAUUGUUGGGCCAGAAAACAACAACGACGACAAUGGCGACAACAAUAACGCGCCACCGGCUGCUGCCGCCGCCGCUGCGGCUCCAAUGGAAGUAGAACAACCACCCCUGAGCGACGAAGAGCUCGCUCGCAAGCUCCAAGCGGAAUGGGAUGCGGAAGUCACGGGCGUUUCAGGGACGUCCAGCGUAGCUGCCUUGAACGGUUCCCAGCAGACAUCGCCUCAAUGGAGCAACUUUCCUGAUACCAACAGCAGCAUCGCCACACCCGACACGACACCCAUGUCAAAUGGAGAUGAUUUGAACCCGGAAGACACCACUGCAAACAACAAAGAAGUUCCCAACAAAUUGGAAUUCGAAAAGUUUGGAGACACCUUUCAGCUCUUUCACUACAAUGGACUUCGAGGAGGCAUACUAACACCGUUUCACGUCACAAGGCUAACAGCCGAGGAUGCAGUGGGUGCCAGCAUUGCAUUAAAGACAGGCAACUCGGGUGGCUCGGGAGAUUUGGAGGACGUUGUGCGCACCAAGUGGCCUUCGUGUGCCGUGAAUUGGCUGGGAAAGAAUCCGCCGUAUAUUGACUAACUAGUCGAGCUAGCUAGUUGUAAAACAGGAAGAGGCUUUUCGACAUUGCUCAAUCCACUUGGCUUGCGUUGUUGAUCCCAGUAGGAGCACUAUUUAUUCCAUCAGUUUCAGAAGUAGACGUUGGCACAUGCUGAUCAAAUGGAGUUCUGUGAUCUGGCCUUAUCACAGGGCAAGAGCAUAAGCCAGGGAAGGAUGAGACGGAGUGUCCUUGCUGCAAAGAGGCUUUUCGAGAGUGCUCGAUCCACUUGGCUCGCAGAAUGUCCAUCAGUUUCUGUGGCUAGCUACAGCGUAGACGUUUGCACAAGCUGAUCAAAGCGAAGUGCUGUGAUCUGGCCUUUUCUGCUGACGCUCCAUUCGAGGCAGGCAGGGCAUCAGUAUCACGGGACAAGAGCACAAGCCAGGGAAGAAGGAGACAGAGUGUCUUUUCUGCUAAACACUUUUGUGAUUGACAAGAACAGUGCGUGGUUAUGGCCCAGCAGGUGUAGCCAUGUUCGCGGUGAACUAUUACACGCGCCGUCUAGCUAGCUAGUGAGUUUGAAUAGGAUGGUCCCACUGCCAACUUCUCUUUUGUCUAUGAGGAUCAUGCAUGGUUCCUUGCUAUACACUCUUGGUUUCUUGCACUGAUCUCCACCGUGUCUCCUUGAAACUCAAGUCGACAAAAAGAAAAAUGAAGCACACUCGACGCUGGCAUCAAGACGAUUUUUGGCUUAUGACAGUUUUAUUACAGACGAGAUCUUGUCAUGGUACUGUUGCUGUGUGUGUUUCCUUGAUGAUUGCUGCUUGGUUCUGGCGGUACUGUUGCUGCUUUGGCAUCUCUUGCCGAAGGUGGCUUGGACAAUACCUGUACCAUUGUAAUGGUAGCGGUCGAGAACAAGACGGUAUUGUUAGCAUCUUCGUGCUCCUCGUGCAACUUGAGAGCACUUUGAGGAUUGUCAUUGUUGUUUCCCAAACAACUCCGGCAGGUUGCUUUGAGGUACAAUCUCUUCUUUUUCCCCGGUUGGUUUGAAUUAUUUGUUUUGUCUAGAUCUAAAUAGACCCGGACGACAACACGAGACUUGUGUGGCUGGGGUCGCUUGUAUUCGACUUGUAAGUCCUUGGUGACGGACCAUGGUUGCAGGGCGCCAGAGGCAUAUCCCAUGACAUCGUCAAAAAUCAAUGCAACAAUGCCGCCAUGGACAGUGCCCGAGGGUCCAUCCAACAAGUGUCCCACUUUGAGAAAACCAAUGGCAAUGAGGUGAUUGUUUUGUCGAGUGGGUGUACACCGUUGUAAAUGGUAUUCUUCAAUCAAUCCAGGUUUGUGGCUCAAGGUGCUGGCCAUGGCAUGAUGGAAUAGGUUGGGAUUGAGUGUUGUUUGAUGUUGUGCGUCAUUCUGACUUUUGUCCGUUGUGGCUUGUUGCGCCUUAUUAUUGGCAAUCAUGUCGUCGUGGGGAAGCCUCGUCGAGAGCUUGGUUGUGUCGCUGGGUAGUGCCAUUGUUUCCAAGCUGAACUUCGAGACGAGAUUAUGUCCCAAUCAAAGGAAAGGAAUUUUCACACCCUCUCCAGGACCAAACUCCAUCCUCUUCCUUGUCUUGGAUUGCUUGGAUCUUCGAAUUGAUGAUGUCGGAUGUCGGCGCGAGGUUUUGCAAAACGUCAUCGGAACGAAUGGCUAUUAAUGCUUUUCAUUGAGUUUUCAUAACCCCAAAAUUUUGUAAAAGCAUUAGAGCCAUUCCCCGAGCCAACCAAUCUCAUCC